AUGCGUUUAAAAAGAAUGAAACACGUGGAGCCGCUGAAAAAAUUUACUACCCCCAUGCCACCCAAGAGAGAAGCAGGCGCGACUCCAACACAACCGCCAGUUAAGAUGAUAAAAAUCAGCAAUGAUGGGCAGGAGUUUGGCAGUGAUCCAGGGGAGGAUAAGUACAGGUUGGUUGAAGGCUCCAGCUACUCACCUUUUCCCAACAAUGAGCAUGAAACCAUUGAGUUUGAUGAAGAAAAUGUCGCAAGUCCAGGCAUCAGAACAGACACCAUCAGUCUCCUCAUGAAAAUAGAGCAGCUGCAGGCACAACUCAAAUAUGAACGCAGAUGUAGAAUUUUGGCUGAGAGAGAGUUGAGGGAGCUGAAAGAGAUGAACACACUCAUGAUGCAGAUGAGGCACACGGCCCAUGAACUUCGAGUCACUCUGGAUCAAGUUCUCCAAGGAGGCGAUGCAGCAGCCGCACCACAGAACUCUCAUGAUGAGAGUAUCGCUUUCCUGGCCGAGACUGAGGCUGAGAUGAGAGCGGUUCAUAAUAUCCCAGAGGAUGAUCACAACUUCUUGUAUCUCUCUGAGAAUCUUCGAGUGCCAAAAAAUCUUUACGAGCGCAUUGCAGAGAUCGCAGACUACAAGAAGUACACGUCUGCUCUGCUGAUGAUGCUUUUUGACCGAGAAACUUUGGCCACACACUCUCUGCAAGGCCGGAGGAACACUUUUACUGGAGAGGAUUGCCAGAAGCCUCAACUCCCACCGGAGAUCUUGAGAAGUAUAAUCGAUCACGUGGCAGUCAAGUUCAACGUUGAUAGCAGCCAAAUAAAAACUGCAAUCCGCACAAAGUUGAAUAAUGAAGACAAGCUAUUAAAGAAGAGACUGGGUUUGGGUAAAGCUGAAAGCAAAGCUGUUACUGAUCAAAGCUUUUGCCAAGAUACUGCACUGCUGCCGGAAAACGGAGCAAUGGGAAAUGAUUCUCAGUUAUAACCUUCAGAGUCUGCCUUCUUCUGUUAGCCACCCAGUAUUUCAUGUCUGAUAGAAACAUGUGACAAAUUGCCUUUUUAAAACCACAUGUAGUUUAUUCGGUAUUGAAAUUUAGGUAGUUGUAGAUAGUACAGUUGUUUUUUGUUUGUUUUUUUGUUUUUUUUUACACUUUUUAGACAUCUAACUUUGACAUCUAACUUUACUUUGACAGCUGUUUUUGUCAACCAUGUGUUUAAAAAAGUUUAACCUGGUAACCCAACCAAGACUUUCAAUAGCAAUAUAAAGUGUCACAUGUGUAAUCGUCAGUGGGUAAAAACAACAAAGUGUUCUUAUUUCAUUUGAGGUAGUAAGUGGCAGGAUUGCGAAGUACAUGUAUACAAGUUUACUGGUUUGAUUUUUCAAUCAGCAGGCCUUUGCGUGAUCGACAAUUUUAGGACAAUUGAAAAUGUUUUAAGCAAUAGUGAUGUCAUUUGUUGCCUUCUGUUCAUGACACAUUUACACUAAGUGAUACUGUGUUUCUAGAGUAGUGUUUUUGCAGUUACAAAAUAUGCUGUAAGUGAUAAUUAAUCUUCCUGCUUCCACAACAUCUCUUACAUCACUUCUCUGUUUGUUGUGCUUAUGUAUGUAAGGGCAAAUAAACUUUUUGAACUGAUA